AUGCCACGCGAAGAGCCCGAGUCCCCGGAAGCGGCGCCCAUCACUUCCGGUGUCGCCUCCGUGACGUCUUUCUCCGGCGCCCGAGCCGUGCGGCUUGGGGCUGCUGCCCGCGGCACUAGAGACCCGGAGCAUCCGGACCGAGUCUGGGCAGAGGGCGGGCGGGUCUCCCGCGCCGCGGUGGGGCCGGCGGGUGGGGCUGCGGCGGCUCCCGCUCCUCACGAGCCCGGUCCUGCCCGCGGAGCCCGCAGCGGCUGCUCAGGGCUGUGUGGCCUUCCAGGCCAUGUCCGUGGCCUCGUCCCGGGAGGAGUGGAGCUCCUGGAGGAGACGCAGAGACUCCUGUCCCGAUACGUGAUGCCGGACAGCUUUGCCCUUGUGGCCUCGCUGGGGAGCUGGCGUGGGGCAGGCAGGACGCCUCCCUCUCCCUCUCGGAGGCCCGCCGUCCAGCCACGUGGAGGGAGAGCCUUUCACGGGACUGCGGGGCCGCCGGCGCACCUGGGCGGGAGACCCUCGGCUUCCCGGGAGGAGAGAUCGGGCCUGCCGGCCGCUUCCAGAAGCAGAGCCCCGCAGGCCUGGGCGGCACCGGGACGACCGGCGAGAACUGACGCUUCUCGGCUGCGCUCCGGGUCCGGGUCCUCAACGGCCGGCUGGGCCGGAGAAGCAGAAACAGAAGCCCCCCCCACCCCCCAGGCGAGGCGGGACGGGACGGACGGUUGGGCCGCAAGGCAGAAGCCGGUCCGUGCGGCAAGUCCUCCCGCAGCAGAGGCCACGGCCGCAAAGACCCGCAGUGCCGCGCCGGGGAGACGCCGUACACGGUGCGGCCAGCGCGCAGGUCCUUCGGCCACAGUUGCAGCCCCGUCGUGCACCGGCGGGUCCAGGGCACGAGGCAUCGUGAGCGCGGCCAUGCCACCCGCCGGGGGCGCCUCUGCUGGGGCUCUGCAGUCGCUGGCUGCCUGAGCUGGGGCGUCCGCAGGUGCUGGGCAGAAGUGGUAACAUCUGGAGACGCCUUCCACUCCGCCACUCCAGCGGUGUGUGCCCUCCGCCCUGGUAACCUUAGUGCUGGCACGGCACAGGCAGGGCCCCCAGGGCUGCCGAGAGGCCGGGUGCACGUGGACGUGGACGUGGACUGCACUGCACUCCGGCUUUGCUGAGGGAGAGGUAGGCUCACCCUCCAGAAGUGGGGGCAAGGGGUGCCGUGACCAGAACCGCGGAUACGGCUUCCCACAGAGGUGGCAAAUAGAGUUGUGGUGGACGACAUUUCGUUCAUAUCUUUACUGACGCUUGCUCUGUGAAGUGAGCUGCACAUUUGUAAGAAUGUAUUGGGCUAGGGGCCAGGUGGAGGCCACACCUCACGGUGCACAAGGACCCAGGUUCAAGCCUCCGGUCCCCAUCUGCAGGGGGAAAGCUUUGUGAGUGGUGAAGCAGGGCUGCAGGUGUGUGUCUCUCUCCCUCUCUAUCACCUUCUCCCCUCUUAGUCUCUGGCUGUCUAUCCAAUAAAAAAUACAGAUAGUACAACAACGGUGAACAACGAGGGCAACAAAAAUGGGGGAGAAUGGCCUCCAGGAUAAGUGGAUUCGUAGUGCAGGCACCGAGCCCCAGCAGUAAUCCUGGAGGCAAAAAAAAAAAAAAAAAAAGAUAAGAGAUGAUAAAAACACCAGAGUGUAUUGGGCUCUCUCAUCCCCAUAGUCGAGGUGAUGAAGUUGGGUUCCUGUGCCCCGUGCCGGCCUUCCCCACACUCCACAGUAAUGGCACACUAAUGGGCUGUUGGCCUCCCGAGGAGUGGGGGCUGGCCUUGCUGUCCUGAGACGAUCCGUCUUGUCGCACGCACCUGCACUCUGUUCACUUGUGUCUUGAGGACCAGUCCGUUAUUCGGAUAAGCUCUCCUUGUUUCUUCGCCCACCCGGCUGGUGGUCGCCCUUCGGCUGCUUUGCACUUUGGCGCUGUCGGCAAGUCCAGCCGCCACCGCGGGCGCCCUGUGCCACCACGUGCCACGGCCUGCUGGCCGCUCACCUGCUCCAGGACGUGCGUGCUGUGCCCGGGCUUUGGCGGCUGUGACUUCGGCUGCGGUGCUUGCCUCUCCGGUGACUUUGUAUAAAUACGCCUUUUUAUUUAUUUAUUUACUUAUUUAUUAGAAAGGUUCAAAUAUUUGCUGUGAGAGAGAAUGACAGAUGGAUCAGUUUAGGAGGACUCUGCUCAGCUCGGGCUGAGGAGGCGCUGGAGACUGAACCCAUGCUGGCCUAGCAGGUAGCUGAGUGGGUAAAGUGUUUGACUCUCAGGCGUGAGGUCCUGAGUUCAGUCCCUGCAGUCACAUGUACCAGAGUAAUGUUCUGAUCCUCUCCCUCUUUCUCUCUUUCAUAUUAAUAUAUAAAUAUAAAGAGAGAAAGAGAUAGAGAUUGAACUUAUGGCUUUGAGGACUCAGGCAUGUAACGACUAAGCUCUAGCAGGCUGAGCUGUCUCUUCAAUCUGGACAUUACAUUGUAAAUAGCUUUAAAAAAAGUAUCCUGGGAGUCGGGCGGUAGCACAGCGGGUUAAGCGCACGAGGCACAAAGCUCAGGGACCGGCGUAAGGAUCCCAGUUCGAGCCCCCGGCUCCCCACCUGCAGGGGAGUCGCUUCCCAGGCGGUGAAGCAGGUCUGCAGGUGUCUGUCUUUCUCUCCCCCUCUCUGUCUUCCCCUCCCCUCUCCCCUCUCCAUUUCUCUCUGCCCUAUCCGACAACAACAAUAAGACAACAAGGGCAACAAAUGAAUAAAUAUA